GCCGCUCCUUCCAGGGGCUGGUUGACCGACCGGUGUCGCAUCGCCCUGAGCAUCUUCUCUCCACCCCCAAGCUUUUACUACUGGGAGUUCAUGGACAAUGAAUUUACUUCACUCAUCCUGUUGUAACACCUCUGCUGAACUUUUGAACAAAUCUUGGAAUGGAGAGUUUGCUUAUCAAACCCUCAGCAUGGUGGAUACUGUCAUCCUUCCUUCCAUGGUUGGGAUCCUUUGUUCAACAGGGCUGGUUGGCAACAUCCUCAUUGUAUCACUAUAAUAAGGUAAGGGCUUCUUUUUCUUUUCCAUAAUUAACUAUGAAAAAAAAAUUAUUCCUGACAUUUUUAUCUGUAGCCUGGCUGUGGCUGAUCUGGUCCACAUCAUUGGAAUGUCAUUUCUUAUUUACCAGUGGGCCUGAGGAGGACAGUGGGUGUUUGGGGGUCCUCUCUGCAGGAUCAUCACAUCCCUGGAUACCUGCAACCAGCUUGCCUGUCGUGCCAUCAUGACUGUAAUGAGUGUGGACAGGUACUUGGCUCUCGUCCAGCCAUUUCGACUGACAAGCUGGAUAACCAGGAACAAGACAAUCUGCAUCAAUCUGGGCCUCAGGGCAGCUUCCUUCAUUCUGGUGUUGCCUGUCUGGGUCUACUCGAAGGUCAUCAAAUUUAAAGACGGCGCUGAGAGUUGUGCUUUUGAUUUAACAUCCCCUGACGAUGUACUCUGGUAUACUCUGUAUUUGAUGAUAAUAAGUUUCUUUUUCUCUUUGCCCUUGAUUUUGAUGCACUAUAUUUUAAUUUUAUGCUAUACUUGGGACAUGUAUCAACAGAAUAAGGAUGCAAGACGCUACAAUCCCAGUGAUCCAAGGCAGAGAGUGAUGAAUCUGACCAAGAUGGUGCUGGCGCUGGAGGCAAUCUUUAUCCUGAGUACCGCCCCCUAUCACGUGAUGCAACUGGUGAACUUACUGGUGGAGCAGCCCUCAGUGGCUUUCUAUCUGAGAUAUCACCUCUCCAUUUGUCCCAGCUAUGCCAACAGUAGCAUCAACCCUUUUCUCUACAUCCUGCUGAGUGGAAAUUUCCAGAAACACCUGUCUCAAGUGCAAAGGAGAGUGACUGAGAAGGAAACCAACAAUGGAAAACAUCUUGAAACAGAGCUUUGAGGAGAGUACAUGGAUCAUAAAAGUCCAGACAGUACCAUUUUUUUAGAUUCUG